AUGAGAGUACUAGAAUUGUACUCCGGUGUCGGCGGCAUGCAUUAUGCUCUCAUUGAGACCAAACUAAAUUUUUCGAUUGUCGCUGCAAUUGAUAUUAAUGAUACGGCUACUUCCGUUUAUCGUAGAAACUUCCCGUUUUCGAAUUCGAUCAACAGGGAGAUCGAGAGUUUGACAGUCCAUGAAACGCGCACUUUUGGUGCUGACUUGUGGUGCAUGAGCCCUCCAUGCCAACCAUUUACUAGACUGGGAAAGCACAAAUGUGAAACGGAUGACAGAUGUUCCUCGUUUAUGCAUAUGCUAAUAAGCGUGCUCCCAAAGUUUAUAUUGCUUGAAAACGUCAAAGGUUUUGAUGGAACUAAACCUUGGGCAGAAUUACUACAAGCACUUAUCGACUGUAAUUACGUUUAUCAGCAAUUCAUUCUCUCACCUCUUCAAUUCGGAAUACCAAACUGCCGAUCACGAUAUUAUCUCGUCGCUCGCCUGAGACCCACUCUAACACUUGCAGGUUCCUCCGCGUUGUGGUCACAGCAUAAGCCAACGAAAUCUCCCGCCCCAUCCGAGGAAGAAAUUCACCACGUUCCACCUAGAACAGCACCGGCGUUACCUGGCUGCAAGUGUCCUGUCUGUUGUGGUCAAGUCAGGCAUAUCUAUCACUCAGGCGAUAAUAAUGUUGACUACUUGCCUUACUGUCCACCUAUUUCGAAUUUUCUCGUGGAUGAGACGUCCGAGGAGCAUUCAAAAAGGGUUCAGUACCUGAAUGAUAGCCAAUUAUCUCGUUACUUUGGAAUAUUGGACAUUGUCAGACCGAGUGAUCACAAAACGCGUUGCUUCACCAAGGGCUAUGCGAAAAGAAUUGAAGGCACCGGGUCAGUGUUGCAGACCGCUUCGCUGGAUAUGUCUGGUGAUGACGUCAGCGCCAGUUGGACCGCUGCAAAUGGAGACCAGAAGUCUUUGUUGACUCUAGCUCACAAGUUGCGUCUGCGUUUUUUUCUCUCCAGGGAAGUGGCUAACUUUCUCUGCUUUCCUCCUUCUUUUGGUUUUCCGGACGAAGUUACCGAGAAGCAACGCCUGCGACUUCUGGGAAACAGUAUCAAUGUUCUCGUUGUGUCACAUUUGCUUCAUUGGGCUUUUGGAGAUGUCACAGAUUCGACAUUAGACCAAACGACGUCCAAUCUUACGACUGUUUAG